CACCGAGGUGCAUUUCAGUUGCAGCUCUUUCUCUGCAGGUGGUGGAGGCUUACAAGCAAGGGCUCAGACCCGCCGUUGGCUAUGAGCUCAACCCCUGGCUGCUGCGGCUCGCCAGCUACCGCGCCUGGAAGGCUGGCUACCGCGGGAAGGUCUCCUUCCAGAAGGAAGAUCUGUGGAAGGUGAAUCUUUCCGACUGCUACAACGUGAUCGUGUUCCUGGCCCCCAGCGUGAAACCUCCUCUUGCUGCCAAGCUCCUGGCAGAGCUCCCUGACGAAGCCCGGGUGGUGGCUGGACGCUUCCCCUUCCCCUCCUGGACCCCCACCUGCACCCUGGGGCAGGGGCUGGAGGUGUUCCCGGAGCCAGAGCAGCCGCUGCUCCUGGCCUUGGGCUUUGCUCCGCCGUCCCUUUGA